AUGUCGCUUCGUGUUGUCUUUAUGGUCACGUACUUCAUCAUGAUCACUGUAAGUCAACAGUUGGUUGUAGGAGAGCGCCGUUGCCGUUGUCUUAUUAGCAACUCAUCAUGUUGGCCAAAUUCUUCUACGUGGCAAUUAUUCAAUAACACUAUUGAUGGACGUCUUCUUUCAGCUGAGCCAUCCGCUGCUGUAUGCAAUGGUAAAACGUAUAAUGCUCAGGCAUGUGCUUUAGCGGCUGCACAAUGGUAUAAUUCAACAUGGCGUGCUGAUCAAGUUGGUGCAAUGCAAAAUCAUAACUGGGAAAACAGUUCAUGUUCAAUAUCGGUAAACAGCACAACAUGCAAUCAAGGCUCUGUCCCCGUAUUCGCUGUUAUGGCAACACUACUCAAACAUGUUCAAGAAACUGUUCGAUUCGCUGCUACGAAUAAUCUUCGCUUAGUUAUCAAAAGUACUGGACAUGAUUACUUAGGUCGAUCAACGGCAGCUGGAUCUCUGCUUUUAUGGCUUCAUCAAAUGAAAAACAUGACACUAAUUGAACAAUAUUCAUCUUGUAGCCAUGCAACUGUAUCAAAUGCUGCUCGAAUAGGUGCAGGCGUUCAAUGGAGUGAAGCUUAUCAAUGGCUAAAUAAAUUCAAUUUAACAGCAAUUGGUGGAGCAUCAGGCACUGUAAGUGUGGCUGGCGGCUUUCUUCAAGGUGGUGGUCAUAGUCCACUAUCGCGUUGGCAGGGCUUGGCGACCGAUCAAGUCCUCGAAUACGAUGUUGUGAUUGCGAGUGGAGAACACUUAACCGUAAGCCCAUGUCAAAAUGGCGAUCUAUUUUGGGCAUUAACAGGUGGAGGUGGAGGUACUUAUGCAAUUGUACUUUCUGCAGUUAUAAGAACUUUUCCUUCUCCAACUAUUGUUGCUGCUACAUAUGAUUUAACUGCACCAAAUGAAGCUCGCUAUAGAAGAUUGAUCGAAGAGGUCACUCGGUUUUUACCAACAGUUACUGAUGAGGGAUGGUCUGGCUAUUUCGACAUGUCAGAUAUGAGAAUCAACGGCAUAUUUCAUGUACCCAACGGAGAUUUGACAGCAGUUACUUACGCGUUAGAUCAAUUUGCAGCUAAAAAUACCGAUUUAGACUUCGGAAAGACACGGGUAUUUAGUUUGCCAUCAUUUUAUGAUUACUUUGCAGGUGUAUUAGAAAGCGCCAAUCCUACUGGAUUCAAUGCCCUACUCAGUUCUCGUCUCAUUGCUGAAAAUACUAUUCGUUAUUUACCGGAAAAAGUUGCAGAAGUUUUUGUUCGAGCACGUGGCCAAUCGUUAAAUCGAUCAGUUUUGCGCGGGCAUAUUGUUGCCGGUGGACAAGUAUCAAACAUGAUCAAUAAGAAUAACAGUGUCAAUCCAGGGUGGCGUACUGCUCUCCUGCAUAUGGUCUAUGCUGAGGGUUGGUUAGAUACAACACCCAUAAAUAUUCAAGAGUGCUUAGCUACACAAGUUACACGUCGAGCAGAAAUGUUAGACGAAUUAUCCAUAGGUUCACAAUCAAGUUGCUACACAAACGAAGCCAAUCCCAAUGAAGUAAACUGGCAGGAGAAUUUUUUCGGUUCACAAACUAUUUAUAAUCGACUGAAAGCCAUCAAAGAUAAGGUGGAUCCACUGGGGUUACUCGUAUGUAAACAUUGUGUCGGUAGUGACGAUUGGACCUCAGAUCUCAAUUGCCCGGCAACUAAAGAUCCUGGCGCAACAUCAAAACCUCCUACAGCAUCAACUGAAGAUCCUGGCGCAACAUCGAAUCCUUCGACAACAUCAAAACCUUCUACAGCAUCAACUUCAAUCAAAAUUAGUUUAGCAUUGCCCUUCAUGCUGAUGCAACUUUUCCUACUUCUACAUUAA